UCGAGUCACCGUGUAAACAAAAGUCACCGUUGAAUCAGAAGUUAAACGUUGUGUUUGUGCGUUGACGCGAAGCAAGACAAUUUAAUAUAAAGUCAGUUCAAUACUUUAUAUCAUUUGCGGGAAAAAUCUCGGGUGCGCCUGGUUGUUACGUGUGACGUCUAGUAGUUAAAGAAAUAAUUUUGACAGAUUCUCUCCACACAGCAGGUGUACACACACACACACACACACACACACUAUGGCGAGCUGUGACCCCGCAGCAGCAGCAGCAGGAUGCCUGAGCGAGGAGUUCGCCGUCCCUGCGCAUGUGGAGGAGAUCAGGAGCGCGAUGGCGGCGUUUGCGGAGCAGCACGGAGCCGCGGGCCGCACGGUGGUGCUGAUCACCUCAGGAGGCACGAAGGUCCCCCUCGAGUCGAGGACGGUGCGCUUCCUGGAUAACUUCAGCAGCGGCCGGCGCGGCGCCUCCUCAGCCGAGUACUUCCUCUCCCAGGGGUAUGCGGUCAUCUUCCUGCACAGACACCGCUCUCUGUACCCCUACACACGCCUCUACACCGGGGUCAACCUGAUGGACUGCCUGGCGUUAGACCCGAGCAGCAGUCUGGUCACAGUGGAUCAAACUAAGCUGGCAAACAUAAGCGAGGUCCUGAAGCGGUACCAGGCAGUGAAAUCUGCAGGGUUACUUCUCCCAGUGGAGUUCAGCACCUUGUCCGAGUACCUGCACCUGCUCAAAGCUGCAGCACAAGCUCUCAGUUCAAUAGGUUCCAAAGCCAUGUUUUAUUUGGCUGCAGCGGUUUCUGACUUCUAUAUCCCAGCUUCUGAAAUGCCAGAGCACAAAAUCCAAUCAUCCAAUGGACCUCUACAGAUAAGCAUGAAAAUGGUCCCGAAAAUCCUUAAACCACUGGUGAAGGACUGGGCCCCAAAAGCUUUCGUCAUUUCAUUCAAGCUGGAGACGGAUCCGUCCAUCCUCUUGGAGCGAGCCCGUUUCGCCUUGAACACCUACAACCAUCAGGUGGUCGUGGCCAACGUCCUGGACACACGGCGCGGUUAUGUCGUCAUCGUGACUAAAGACUCAAAGGAAGAACUGCUGCUUACAGAUGAGGAAGCUCAGAGGGAAGUUGAAAUUGAAGAGAAGAUUGUCAAGAAUUUGUCACAUGCACACACUCGGUUCAUAAACCAAAAAGAUUAGAAGCAUGUUGGCCAUGCCAUAACUCCUUCUUCAUUUCAAACAUUUUCACAUCAAACAUCUUUUCAUUCAUUUAUAACAGUUUCAGGUACAGGUCCAAAUGCAGGUUCUAGAUCAUGUCCAAAUGGAGACUGGUUCAUACAUGCUUUUAAAUUUACAGUAAAACUAUAGUCCUAAGGUGUUGGAAAAAAAAAAUUCUAAGCAUGUAUAUUCCUCAUGCACUCAUCCCCUAGCUACUGAUCACCUGCAGCAAUUAAUAACGCUUUACUAAUGAGCAGGGAUAUACUAGGUGUGGUACGUGUGGUAGUAAAAAGUUUGUUCCUUUCCUUAAAUAAUGUGUUUAACUUUUUUGUCAGAAAUCAGCAGGCGAAGAGAAUAUGAUCAGUACUGAAGUCAUUAAGUUGGCACAAUAAUCACGAUAAUGCUACAUGAUGCAUAAUCAACACAGAGAAUUGAUAUUUUUAUUUCAUGUCUGUGUACAUCAUAGAAAAAGAUUUGCCAAUAAACAUCUGAUUUUAACCAAA